UACUUCCGUUGGGACUGAAGAAACAAACAUACAUACACGCGACGGAAGUGAUUUAACAUCCGGCUGGGGUGGUUGUUGUGUUUCCGAAGGAAGGGGGUGGCAGAAGAGAAGGAAGGAACCCGAAUAGAGAGGAGUAAGAACCGAGGGACAGCUCGGAGCCUCCGUAUCCGUCCCGUUUCUGCACGAGGUGGAUGGAGGACCUGUUCUCUUAGAGCUAAGUUAACCAAACAUAUGAUGAUGCAACAUGCAACCUACAUAGAAAGCGCAUCUGAAGAAGUUCUCUGGGCUUAAGCUCAAAGGCGCAACCAUGAAAGAUCCAAGUCGCAGGAGUACUAGUCCAAGCAUUAUCAAUGAAGAUGUGAUCAUGAAUGGUCACUCUCAUGAAGAUGAUAAUCCAUUUGCUGAGUACAUGUGGAUGGAAAAUGAGGAGGAAUUCAACAGGCAGAUUGAAGAGGAGUUGUGGGAAGAAGAAUUUAUAGAACGUUGCUUUCAAGAAAUGCUGGAAGAGGAAGAAGAACAUGAAUGGUUUAUUCCAGCCAGAGAUCUCCCACAAACGAUGGAUCAAAUUCAGGACCAAUUGAAUGAUCUUGUUAUCAGUGACAGUUCGCCACUGGAAGAUCUGGUGGUCAAGAGUAAUCUGAAUCCAAAUGCAAAGGAGUUUGUUCCUGGGGUGAAGUACUAAAUAUAUGAGUAGACUGGGCCCUCUUUUGGUGGAUGUAGCACAAUUUCCACACUGUGAAGCCAGUAUUAGAAGAUUUAAUUGUUAAAACGCUCUCUCCUUGUCACUGUGUUACACUUACGCAUUGCCAAAGUUUUGUUAGUCUUGCAUGCUUAAUAAAAGUGCUGAGACUGUUAUUAAGUCAACUGCUGUCAGAGGUUAAUGAAAUGAAAAACACAAUUGGAUUCAGGUUUCUUUUUAUGAAGGGAGACAGUGAGGUAGGAAGCACCAGUCAAGUUGAGAAAAGUACCAAGUUUCUGAGAAACUCUUGCAAUUCUAUUUUUAGAAGGAUUCAGACUUUGACAAAGAGUGGUCUGUUUUAACUACAAUGUAAGAGUUGGUGUUAAUAUGCACCUGAUAAUGCCUUAAUGUGAAAAUAAAAGCAAGGUUAUCCGAUUAUGCAGAUUAACUGAAUUUCAGUACUGCUACUAACUUUUCCCAUUAUCAAGCAAAACUUUACUUCAUGCUCUUCUUUUUGAGAAAAGUGUGAAUAAUGUAUUAUACCUGAACUGCUUUGACAGACCUGUAUAGAGUCCUUUAUCUUGGCUACGGAUCUGGUGGAGGGGGAAAAAAGACUGGCAGAUGAGAUUGUAUUUAGAGCAAGUUAUCAUGUUGGAAUGUCUGUUCCACUUCUGAACUUAUAUUUAAGGUGAUGUAAGGUUGUGCAUCACAAUUUCUUCCAGGAAUCCAGAAACAUGGCACUGCCUAUGUAAAAUUCUACAACCUUAAAAGUUGGGUUUACCUGUCAAACUUUAGCAUUAGUGAUUUGAGUGGUGCUUUUCCCUUGCUUUGUUUAAUCAUCACUACACAAUAGUCUGCAGCACAACUUUUUUUUAAUACAACUAGAACAGUUUUGGCUUCUUAAACUUCAUAUUUGGGUAGCUUAAGCUGCCAUACGUGUUCAGUGUGAAUAGUGUUUAAGUUGAAAAUAUUGUAAAAAAUUAUAUUUUUUCAAAAAUAUUUAAAAAAAUAAAUAAUAGUAGAAAUGAC